GAAACAAACUCUACACUUCAUCCUGACCGACCCAGAGCACCUGCUUGAAACACUUCACUCCAGGCAAAAUGAAGAACCUGCUUUUACUCCUCUUGUUGGCUGGACUGGCCUGUGAAACUUACCAGAGGGUGAUUCGUAGUGUUGAUGGCGAGGGUGGAACAAGCGGUAACACCAAUCCGGAGGAUGGCAACAACAGUGGUGAUGAGGAGGUCAACGACGGUGGUAGCAAGGCCGAUGAGGAGGUCAACGACGGUGGUAGCAAGGCCGAUGAGGAGGUCAACGACGGUGGUAGCAAGGCCGAUGGCGAGGGCAGCAACAGUGGUAGCGACAACAAUGAAGAUGGCAAAGGCAGCACCUCUGACAACUCUGGAGGGGACGGCAGCAACAGUGGUGAUGAUGACUCGAGUAAAAGUGAAGAGGGGUCUGACAGCUACUCCGAUGAAUGGUGCUCAGAGGAAGACUCAAGUGAAAGUGUUGAGGACAGCGGCAGUGAAGGUAGUAACAGCAAGGACGAAGAGAGCCAGAGUGGAAGUAAUGAGUCCGAUGGCAAAGAGGGGGAUCCUGAAGUACCAUCAAAUGAAAGCAACAGCGGAGGAGAUGAACCUAAGGUUGCCAGCCCUCCGGAGCCUGAGCCAGAGUCAACUGGAAGCAACGACGAAGAAGAUAAAAACUCUGGGGAUGCCAGCCCUCAGGUGCCUGACGCAGAGUCACCUGAAGACCCUGCGAGUGCUGAGAGCAACGAAGCUGUGGCGUAAAACGUAAAUUAGCAUUAUGAGAAGGAUCAAUAAGCUGCAUUUAUAUUAAUAAUCAUAAUUUAUUACUUUAUUAGCACAUCUUUGCAAGAUUUUGAUAUGGGAUGUCUAUAUGUAGUGGGUUCUGUAUGUAUUAACCCAGGCACACGUGUUAUUCUGUCAAUAUGGAGUGAGUGUUUCUGAAUACCUAAAACAAAGAUAUUGCACUGUAGUAGCAUAUAUUCUGUUGCAGACUUUAAUAAAUAAAUAAAUCCGUAAUUAAAAAUAUAA